CACAAACCACAGAAGAAGAGCAGCAGGAGGACAGAAGAGCAGUUUGUUUUAUAAGUGUAUAAGGGUGAAAUGACUGUGUUGUGACGGUGAUAAUGGCUGAAGUGACUGGAGCUCAGCUGAUCGCUGAGGCGCUCAAAUCUCAGAAUGUGGAGUACAUGUUUGGCAUUGUCGGCGUGCCUGUCAUCGAGGUGGCCAUGGCUGCCCAAGCAGCGGGCAUCAAGUAUGUUGGUAUGCGCAAUGAACAAGCAGCCUGCUAUGCUGCAUCUGCUAUUGGGUAUUUGACAGGAAGGCCAGCUGUGUGCCUGGUCGUGUCUGGGCCGGGCCUGAUUCAUGCGCUUGGAGGAAUGGCCAAUGCUAACAUGAACUGCUGGCCUGUCAUUGUUAUUGGUGGCUCGUCUGAUAGGAACCAAGAAACCACAGGAGCAUUUCAGGAGUUCCCUCAGGUUGAAGCUUGUCGUCUGUAUAGUAAGUUUUCUGCUCGACCAAGCAGCCUUGAAAUGAUACCAGCCGUAGUUGAAAAGGCUGUGAGAAGCAGCAUUUACGGCCGUCCAGGAGCAUCCUACAUAGACAUAGCUGGAGACAUGGUAAAUGCCAAAAUAGACCGGGACAGUGUCAGGUUUGUUUCCUGCUGUCCUGCUCCUCCUGUGAGUCUGGCUGACAGCAGGGAGAUCACACAGGCUGUCCGGCUGCUCAAAGCAGCUCAGAGGCCUCUGAUCAUCAUCGGCAAAGGUGCGGCGUAUGCCAGGGCAGAGAAGGAGCUCAGGGAGCUGGUGGAGGCAGCUGGGAUCCCUUUCCUUCCCACACCUAUGGGGAAAGGAGUACUGCCGGAUGACCACCCGAACUGUGUUGCUGCAGCCAGGUCCAGAGCUUUAUUGCAGGCUGAUGUUAUAGUGUUAUUGGGUGCCAGACUCAACUGGAUCCUGCACUUUGGUUUUCCACCUAGAUUCAGUCCCCAUGUGAAGAUUAUUCAGGUGGAUCUGUGUGCUGAGGAGUUGAGUAAUAAUGUGAGAGCCACGUCUGCUCUUCUUGGAGACAUACGAGCUGUGGUCAGACAGCUGUUGGAAACUAUAAGAUCAGAGUCCUGGAGAUUUCCUUCUGAUUCACAAUGGUGGUCGACUCUAAAGGAAAAAAUGACGGCCAAUGCUCAGAUAUCAAAGAGUCUUGCUCUCCAGUCCACUCUACCCAUGAACUACUACACAGCUUUCCACCACAUUUCUGAGCUCCUGCCCAAAGACUGCAUCAUAGUGAGUGAGGGAGCGAACACUAUGGACAUUGGCCGCACCAUGCUGCAUAAUUACCUCCCACGACACAGGUUAGAUGCUGGUACUUUUGGCACUAUGGGAGUUGGCCCAGGAUUUGCCAUCGCAGCAGCAGUUUUGGAGCAGACGCAGAAGAGCGCUCAGAGAGUGGUGUGUAUAGAGGGAGACAGCGCCUUCGGUUUCUCUGGCAUGGAGGUGGAGACCAUGUGCAGGUAUAAACUGCCAGUCAUCAUCAUAGUAAUCAACAACAAUGGGAUCUACAGUGGAGUGGAUCCAGAGACAUGGAAACAGAUGGAAAAGAUGGGAGACAUGACCACCAUUGCUCCUCCGGUGACGCUGCUACCAGAGGCACGGUACGAGCAGGUGAUGAGUGCGUUCGGGGGUCGUGGGUAUCUGGUCCGAACGGUGGAGCAACUCCGCAGUGCACUACAAGACAGUCUGAACAACACACAGAUGCCCAGCCUUCUCAACGUACUUAUAGACCCAGCCUCAGACCGCAAGCAACAGGAGUUUCCCUGGCUGACACGUUCAAAUCUGUAAAGCUGAGAGAGCUAUCGGAUGAGAUCGGAUCAUGUCUUGAUGACCUAACAUUGUUUCUUAUACUACAUUCAGUCAAUUUACUGUAGGUGGCACUAUUUCCUAUAAAAAGAAAAAUUGUAUAAUUUUAACAUUAUCUCAGUCUCUAUUUACUGAAAUUAAUUUCCAGAGAUUUCUUUCUAUGAAUACUUGAGGGAUAGUUCACACCAAUAUAAAAAUUCUGUCAUCAUUUACCAUUUCCACGCACCUCUUUCCAUAUGACAACAGUUCAUAGAAUGCUUCAGGAAUCCAAACCUGGGAACAUUACAUUUGCACUUCCAAUUCCAUUGUCCUGAAAUCAACAGGUUGUUGGUUAAUUGUCUGAAAUUACAUCUGUGGUUCACAAUUCAUGUUUCAUAUUUUCUACAAUAAUCCAAAAGCCUGUGAAAAGAUCUUUUUUGUCGAGGUAAACAGGGUGAUGCUAACUUCCUUGUUGGUUAACACAAAAUGAAAUCCCUGGAACACACUGAUUGAAAAAUUAAUUUGUAUGGUUUGUGCAGUGUAUUUCUACUAAGCACUUCUAAAGUUAUCGUUCACUGAUUUACUGAUAAUUCUUGUUCACUGAUAACAUCACAAGUUGUAGUCACUAUGAAUUGUCAUUCUAUGGAAUAGAGCGGCAUUAAGAUUCUUCAAAAUUUACAUUUAUUUUGUUGUUCAUCUAGUCAUACAAUUUUGGAACAACAUGAGGCUGAGUAAAUGAUUUUGAAGAACUAUUCCUUUUAUAGAGAAAAUGCUUACACUCUAGAAAAAUGCUGGAUUAAGAACAACCAUUUCUGGGUUAUUUGGCAACCCAGCACUGGGUGAUUAUUGGACAGAACACAUGCUGGGUUAUUUUAACUUUUCUUUUUUUUGACUAUGUUGCUUGGUCGGUCAACCUGUUGAAGGUCUUUCAUUUUGAAUGAUAAAAAUGUAUAUAUACAGUUAUAUACAGUCAAAAGUUUACAUACAUCUUGCAGAAUCUGCAAAAUGUUAUUUAUUUUAGCAAAAUAAGAGGGAUCAUACAAAAGGCAUGUUAUUUUUUUAUUUAGUACAGACCUGAAUAAGAUAUUUUAAACAUAAAAGACAUUUACAUAGUCCACAAGAGAAAAUAAUAGUUGGGUUUAUAAAAAUGACCCAAAAGUUUACAUGUGCUUGAUUCUUAAUACUGUGUUGUUACCUGAAAGAUCCACAGCUGUUUUGUUGCUUUUUAGUGAUAGUUGUUCAUGAGUUCCUUGUUUGUCCUGAACAGUUAAACUACUGUGUAAACUUUUGAACAGAACUGUUCAGGACAAACAAGGGACUCAGGAAACGACUGUCAAAAAAACAAAAAACAAACAAACAACAACAACAAACACACACACACACACACACACACACACACACACACACACGUCUGGUUUAUUAUCCUUGUGGGGGCAAUGGUUUGUAUACUGUCCACACUGUAUUUUCUAUCCCCUUACCCUAACCCUGCCCCUAAACCUAACCCUUACAGAAAACUUUCUGCAUUUUUAUUUUCUCAAAAAAUCUCAUUCUGUAUGAUUUAUAAGCUUUUGUACCCAUGGGGACCGCAGGCUGGUCCCCACAAUGUCAAAAAUUUCAGGUUUUACUAUCCUUGUGGGGACAUUUGGUCCCCACAAUGUAGCAAAAACAAGUACACACACACACACACACACAGCUGUGGAUCAUUCAGGUAACAAUAUUUUUUUCCUCUGGUGAACUAUGUAAACGUCUUUUAGGUAAAAUGUCUUAUUUAGGUCAGUACUAAAUAAAAAAUAACAUACAAUAUGUCCCUCUUAUUUUUGUAAAAUAAUUAACAUUUAAUUAACAGAUUCUGCGAGGUGUUUGUGAACUUUUGACCUCAACUGUAUAUUACAAGAACAGUUCACCCUGGUGAAAAAAACAGCAUAUGCUGGUAGGUAUGUCUUGAUGCUGGUCCUUUGCUGGUUUAUGCUGGUCAUGUUGCUGGUCAAGAACCAGCAUAAACCAGCAAAGGACCAGCUUAAACCAGCAUCAAAACAUACCUACCAGCAUAUGCUGUUUUUUUCACCAGGGCAUAUACAAUAUUCAGUGUCAAGUCAGUCCUUUAUAAACAUGAAAUCUUCAAAAACACAAAAUUAAGUUAGCAGCCAGUGGGCAGAAAACUGCUAUCAGUAGGCUGUUCCAGUUCACGUCAGUCAGUUUGUUAGACAUUUAAGUUUCAACCUGUCAACCACCAGCGCGACCACAACCGCAGCAAUGGCGCACUAGAUCAAUACAAAAACCGCCCAAUUUCUACUCAAAACUAGCCCAAAAGUAGCCCAAAGGGGGCUCCCCCAGUAAGAAUCACAUUCCAGGGGGUAAAAUACACAUUUUUUUAUUCGUGUUUUGGGUUCCCCUCAUCAAUCUAACAUUCCAGGAGUUAAAAUAUUACAUUAUUGGAGUCGCUUCAACCUGUGGACAUGAAAAAAACAAACAAACAAAAAAAAAAAAAAAACGCAGCAACAGUAUAAAAGUAGCCCCAUUUCUGCGGACGUGGCAACACUACACAGAAUGACUGUGGACAAAAAAUACAAUUUGUUGAGUCAGCUUAAAAUAAUUUGUUACCCUGCUGCCUUAAAAUUUUAAGUUCAGUCAACUAAAAUAAAUUUAGUCAACUUGAAAUGUUAAGUUGUACUAAGUAACAACUUAGAUAUUUGUGUUCGCUAAACUUAACAGAUGUGUAAGUAACCCAGCUGCCUUAAAAAUUUAAGUUGAAUCAGCUCAAAUAUCUAAGUUGUCACUUAGUAUAAUUUAACAUUUCAAGUUGAAUAAACUUUUUUUGAGUUGACUGAACUUAAAAUUUUAAGGCAGCCAGGUAACAAAUUAUUUUAAGCUGACUCAACAAAUUGUAUUUUUUGUCAACAGUCAUUCUGUGCAGUGUUGCCACGUUGACUCAAAUUGUUUUUUACAGUGCAGCACCUGGGUAAAAAUAUUAAAAUAAACUCAAUAACAUGACCCAACAGGCUGAACCCAACAUCUUUUUAGAGUGUACAUUGUCUAAUAACAAAUUAAGGGACAUUUGGCUGUAUAGACUAUGUAUAUUUGAUUAUUUUAAUUUACAAUUUAUUACCAAUUGUACCCCUAUUGUACAUUUAGAUGUGUUUUUUAACUUCACCUGACCUCAGGUCAGUGUUGUGUGUGCUGCUCUAGAGGGCUUCUGUUUAAGCUCAUCUGUGUCUAUGGGUAAUUGAGGUCUUCUGGUCUCAUCUUCUGCUCUUUCAUAAAGUAUCAUUACCGUGCUGCUUUAUCACAGAGUGAGAGCUUCUCCUCCUUAGCCUUGGCAGAUCACACCGUCUUCACAUUUCCAGGUGUGGAAAUGUUCCCAACAGUUUUACAGCAUGUAAAAGACUUAUUAAAGUAACCAUUAUCGCAGCCACACUGUAAAAGCCUAGCUAUAAUUUAAAUGAUUGUGCACAAGCAAAAAUGGCCUUACUUGCUGUACAUUGUUAAUGUAUAAAGAAUUAUAGUGAAUUAAAUAUAUUUUUGUAAUAACAACUUGAUCCAAUUAAUGUAAUUUGAUAAGAUUUUGUUUCCUGUGAUGGAACAUUAAAAUGCGGUUCAUAUGGA